AUGGGGAAAAAUGCCUUUCUCACCCCCUCUUCAGACCUCAAAGCCGCUAUUGAGGACGUUCUGCCCAGCCUGCAACAGAAAGGGAUCCGGGUUUUCUACCUGAGCGCCGAGUCCCCCACCAGUGGCGUGGAGCCUCUCCAGGGCCAGAUAGAUGCCGCCUCCGAGGAGCCGAUCCCCAUCGCUUUCCGAGGCAAUGUCACCAGCAAAUCCACUGCACUUUACAUUUACACCUCGGGCACCACAGGACUCCCGAAAGCUGCCAUCAUCACCCACUUGAAGCUGUGCAACAUAGUGACCAUGUUAUACAUAAGUGGCGUCAAAGCCGAGGACGUGAUCUACACCCCUCUGCCGCUGUACCAUUCGGCUGCACUACUCGUUGGACUUGGAGGAUGCUUGGAGGUUGGAGCCACCUGCGUCUUGCGUCCCAAGUUCUCCGUCUCCCAGUUCUGGGAUGACUGCCGGCGAUACCACGUCUCUGUGAUCCAGUACGUAGGGGAGGUGAUGCGCUAUCUGUGCAACGCGCCCAAGAGGGAGAACGAACGAGAGCACAAAGUGCGGCUGGCUGUGGGUAACGGCCUGAGGGUGGAGGUCUGGAAGGAAUUCCUCCAGCGCUUUGGGCCCAUCUGCAUCUGCGAGUUCUACGGGGCCACAGAGGGGAACACUGGGUUCGUUAACUACACGGGGAAGAUUGGAGCGGUGGGAAGGGCCAACUUCAUCCAUAAGAUGCUCGCGCCCUUCGAGUUGAUCCGGUACAACGUGGAGCAGGAUGAACCCGUGCGAGAUGAGAGAGGGUGCUGCAUCCGAGUCCCCCCCGGUGAGGCAGGGCUGCUGGUGGCGAAGAUAACGAAGAGCGCCCCAUUCAACGGCUAUGCGGGCGACCGCCAGAAGUCGGAGAAGAAGAUCCUGAGGGAUGUGAUGAAGAAAGGAGACCUCUACUUCAACAGCGGAGACCUCCUCAUGGUGGACCACGAGGGCUUUGUAUAUUUCCAGGACCGGGUGGGAGACACGUUCCGCUGGAAAGGAGAGAACGUUGCCACGACGGAGGUGGAGACGACGCUGGUAGCAGUGCAGUUCAUUCAGGAAGUCAACGUCUAUGGGGUGCCGGUCCCAGGACACGAAGGCAAGAUUGGAAUGGCAGCAAUACGACUGAAGGAGGGGAUGGAUUUUGAUGGUGAAAAACUCUACACACACGCCAAGGAUUUCUUGCCAAACUACGCCAUUCCUCGCUUUGUCCGCCUGCAGGACGCUCUGGAGGUCACCGGGACAUUCAAGCAGUGCAAAGGGCAGCUGGUGAAGGAGGGGUUCAAUCCAGCUCUCAUCAAGGACCCCCUGUUCUUCCUGGAUGAAUCGAAGAAACGUUUUGUGCCCAUGAGCCCUCAGAUCUACAGCUCCAUCCUGGAAAUGAAACUGAAACUCUAAGGGUCUCACUGCUGCCUUCUGUAACUAAU